CAUAUUCAAACUGUGUUCAGGGACUGUUUCAUUUAGCUCUGCUCUCUGAUCCACCAUGAAGCUGGGUGUGAUCAUCCCACUGUGUGCUCUGUUCACUCUCACCCAACAGGUGGCUUCACGUGAUCGCUGUGUGUGUGAGUUGACUAACUCAGAAAACGUAUUCCCACAUGACAAACUCAGUACAGUGGACGACAGUGCAUCAAAAUGUAACAGCAACAUCACCCCACAGAAGACUCUGGAGCUGGAGAGUCUGCUGCUGGGUUUGAAGUGGCGUUUGCCCCAGCUGCAGGAAGAUGUGUCGAUUCUGGAGAGGGAAGAUGAUGGCGAGCUGUAUGGAGUUGUCAGCCUGCAGGUGAUAGAGAAUGAACUGACAGAGAUCAAGAAGCUCAUCAAAAAGCUCAACAUCACCACCUGGGAAUACCAGCGCCUCACCACUAACACCACUAAACAGCUGGAGGACCUGAGAGCAGAGAUGACAGAGCUGGAGAAGUAUGACACCCUGCAGGUGGUGAAGAGACAACAAGCUAACGAGCGUCUAACAAAAGACCUGGACCAGUGCAGGACUGGACUUAACUCCACCUCCCAGCCCACUCAGCCUCCACAAGGUACCUGUCCCCACGGUGAAUUUCUAAACAUUACUGGCCCCAGGGUCUACACAGCAGGUGAGUAUCCAGGGUCCUACAUGUACGGGGCCUGGGGUCGUGAUCCCAAACCAGAGGCAGGGAAGGAGAACUGGUACUGGCUGGUAAUGAUGACCUCCAGCGACAAAUACUCCAACUACGUCCGUCUCUACUCCAGCCUGAGCUCUCUGAUUGUUGGAGUGAGUGUCCCAGGUAAUAUCGAGAUACACUCCUCUAACCCAACCACCAACACCAUCCAGGGACCAAAUGUUGUGAUGUAUGGAGAGGCCUUGUACUACAACUGUUACAACCAAGAUGCUGUCUGUCGAUUCAACCUCACCACCAAAACUGUUACCACCCUGCAGUUACCCAAAGGCACCAGAUUUAAUUCUAAGGGUAACUUCUGCCAUCUUGAUGAAUGCUAUCCGUUCACCGACCUGGACCUGGCAACAGAUGAGUCUGGUGUUUGGGUGAUCUACACCACCACCCAGGACUUUGGCAACCUGGUUCUGUCUAAGGUGGAAGAAGGUGAGCCACCCAUGCUCAACCGAACCUGGCACACCUCGGUCUAUAAGCAGGGAGUGACAAACACCUUCAUGACCUGUGGUGUGCUCUAUGCCACACGCUACGUAAAUAAAGAUGUGGAGGAGAUAUUCUACUCGUUUGACACCUCGACAGGGGUGGAGAAGUUCAACAUUGGCAUCUUCAUCAACAAGAUGUCUCCCAACAUUUACUCCCUGAACUACAGCCCCGUGGACCAGAUGCUACAUGCUUACUGUAACUCCCACAUGGUCUCCUAUAAGAUUUUGUUUAGGUAUUAAUAUCAUGUUAUGAAAAACAGCAUGAACAAGUAACAAUAAAUAAACAA